UGACGCAGGGCGCUGUUGUUUUGACGUUCACACUUCCGGGUUUAUUUCGUCGUCACUUCGUUCUGUUCCAACUUUCUCUUUUGACUUUAACCCGCUUUUAUUCACUUUAACCCAGUUUAACCCGGUCCGACCCGGUCCGGUCCGGUGUGCCCCGCUCGGCUCGGCUCCGGUCCGCUCGGCUCGGCUCCGGUCCGCUCCCCCGGGCCUCGUGUGUCCUGAUGCCGCUUCAGUGAGUCUGUGUCCGGUCAGACUCCGCCGCUUCGCCCUGGGCUUAGCUGUUAGCCGCUUAGCUCCGAGGAUGUGGUGCUGCUGGUGCCUGGACUCAGAGCCCAGUCCGGUCCCAGACCCGGCGCCGGGACCCGGGUCCAACCGAUCCACCCGAGGGUCUAACCGAGGGUCUAACCGAGGGUCUAACCGAGGGUCUAACCGAGGGUCCCAGAGGGGCGUGGUCCAGACCCAACCGUCCCCAGGACAGAACUGCACCAAAUGUGGAGGAGCCUUCAGCAACACACAGAAGAAGCACGUGUGCGUGGACUGCGGUCUGUGUUACUGCAGUAGUUGCUCCGCCCGCCUGGAGCCCCGCCCCCGCCUCUGUCACACCUGUCAGCGUUUCUAUGGUAACCUGCUGCAGAGGGCGGAGCUUAUGAGACUCAAGGUGAAAGAGCUGAGAGAUUAUCUGCACCUGCACCAGGUGUCCACACACCUGUGCCGCGAGAAGGAGGAUCUGGUGGAGCUGGUUUUGGGGCAUCAGUCGUCUUCUGAAGCGUCGACACCAGACUCCGCCCCUCCGCCUCUGACCACGCCCACACAGGCUCAGGCCCCGCCCGCUCAGGCCCCGCCCAUGGAGACACAGGCCCCACCCACAGAGACACAGGCCCCGCCCACAGAGACAGUCCCGCCUACAGAGAGUCCAGCCACGCCCACAGACGUACAGGCCACGCCCACAAAUGCACAGGCUCCACCUCUCCAAACAGAAGCCACGCCCCCUGAGCCACCCACUGUCCAAUCAGAGAGUCUGCUGGAGGAUGAAGAGGAGGAAGAGGAAGAGCAGGAUGGCGGGCGGCGGCGCAGGGCGUCCCUGUCGGACCUGCGUUCUGAGGACGACAUCGAGUCUCUGAGCGUCCGGAGACUGAAGGAAAUUCUCGCCCGGAACUUUGUGGAUUUUAAAGGAUGUUGUGAAAAAUGGGAACUGAUGGAACGAGUGAGACGACUGUACAGAGACAAGAAGAGUCUGCCAGAGUGCGGUGCUGCAGAGGAGUUGUUGUGUAGGAUCUGUAUGGACGGGGCCAUCGACUGCGUCCUGUUGGAGUGUGGUCACAUGAUCACCUGCACGUCCUGCGGGAAACGUAUGAGCGAGUGUCCCGUGUGUCGCCAGUACGUCGUCCGAGCCGUGCACGUCUUCAGGUCCUGAGGAUCUGGCGCCCCGGAGCCGCGUUAGCCUCACGGAGCUAACGGAGCUAACGGCGCUAAACCCCGGAGCUUCCCCCGGCGCUGGCUGCGAGUGUCCGGGCUCCAGAGCGACUCCUCCGCGGCCUCACGCCGGAGCAGCAGCGGCGGCUCCACCCGCGGGUCAU